AGUCUUUGAGAGGCGAUCGUACAAAGGCGGAAUGGAGAUGAAGGUCGAGAGUGGUAGGCAGUUAAGGUCUGUUUUCGCUGUCAGUCUGUCGUUUGCGGGAUUUGUGUCAUUGCUUGUUGUUAUAACUCGUCGUUUGCCGUCACUGCCUGAGGAGCACUGGGAGCAUGUUAAAUUCCCUCAAAAUGUAGAAGAACUGAAAAAUAUUGGUCUAGUCCUAUCAAAAUAUCAGGAUAACUACUACUGGCAAAUACUACUUCUAAUAUGUACUGUUUUCAUAUUCCUUCAGUCAUUCAUGAUACCAGGCUCAGUUGUGUGUGUCGUUCUUCUGGGUUAUUUAUUUCCUUUCCCAGUUGCACUCAUCAUUGUGGCUCUGUGUUCAGCGAUUGGAGCGUCAUUAUGCUACCUUCUUGUUGGCUUUAUUGGUUCCAGAGUUAUGAUGCACUUGUUCCCUGAGAAAAUCGAGAUAUGUCGCCAAACUAUCCAUCGGUAUCAAAACGCAAUGUUUUUAUGCAUAUGCUGUUUGCGGAUUUGUCCUUUCAUCCCAAACUGGCUCGUAAAUGUAUCAUCACCAAUUAUUGAUAUUCCCCUAGCCCACUUCUUCCUGGGUACAUUUGUGGGAGUAGUUCCACUGUCACUGGUAUUUAUCAAAGCUGGAACAGUACUCCAAGAACUCACGGAUUUGGGAGUAGCGUCUUUAACCUCAUUUUCAACAUUGAUUAUACUAGCUGCUUUAUCACUUUUGCCUCUGAUUUUUCGCAAUCAACUACGUGAAACAUUUUUAUAAAUGCAGAACAGUUCAGCUAUUUUUGAUGAUGAUUAGUGCAAUCUUUCUUGUGAUCUCGACCUGAUAUUGUGUACUAUCGGUUCGGUAAUUCAGUAAAUAGAGCCGUCUGGAACAUUGUACAAAUUUUCUUCCUAUACGUGUUCAAAAUAUUGCCGUUGUUUACUUAUUUCUUAACGUGUAAUUGACUUUCUGUGAUCACAAAAACCACUAUUCAAGAGAAUUUUAAUGAUUUUAUCCUUCUUCAUUUUUUUUUAUGAACCUACCAUUGAAAAACACUAAUUUCUUGUCAGUGCCAUCAUUUUAAUAUAUCAUGUUUUCUGAUGUACCAUUCGAUGACAUAAUCAGUCUAGUGGUCACUUAGAUAUUCGUUCCUCAGUCUUGUAAUAAGUGUGAAUUUAAAUAUCUCUUCAGCCUGAUACUGUUGUCAUCCCGUGGCACUUCUGUUAUUCAGCGACUGAUAUGUGCUCAAUUAUUAUAAUCCGUCUACAUAUCGGUUUUGUGUAUUUAUUCUAUUUGAUCAGCGUAGGUAAUUUGAUCAAGCUUCUUUUAUUGCUGGAUUUUCUGUCGUAAAGAAGGUGUUUAUAGGAUAUGAAACACGGAUUCGGAAAUUAUAGGAAACAGUUAGAUGUUCACUUUAUAAUGCAGUCAUUUUGUAGUUGUUAACACUCUUCAUAUAAUACAGGCAUGUAAACUGCAUAAAGGAUGCAGUUAUGGAGAGGAAGUUGACUACAUUUGCAUUUUGAUAAACAA